CCUUUAUAUAAGGCCACAAAUAUUAUGGAAUAUAUACGUGAUCAUUUUCUCUCAAAUCUUUAGGAGAAAAGCAGUUCAACUAGAGCCCAUUUGAUCUAUAUAUACGUCUGGAACAGAGUUUAUGGUGGAUAUGUCGUGUGAGGGUUGCGUGAAGUCCGUGAAGGGUAAAUUGCAGAAUGUUGAAGGAGUUAAGAAUGUCGAUGUAGAUCUAAGUAACCAAGUCGUUAGGGUUCUCGGGUCUUCACCUGUGAAGAUGCUGACGGAAGCAUUGGAGCAAACUGGUCGAAAGUCUCGACUGAUUGGACAAGGAGUUCCAGAAGAUUUCCUUAUAUCUGCUGCUGUAGCCGAAUUCAAAGGACCAGAUAUUUUUGGCGUUGUUCGCUUGGCCCAAGUGAAUAUGGAAUUGGCUCGGAUUGAAGCUAACUUUAGCGGACUAUCACCAGGAAAACAUGGUUGGUCCAUCAAUGAAUUCGGCGAUCUCACAAGAGGUGUAGCUAGCACUGGAAAACUGUACAGUCCAACAACUGACACUGAAAAGCUACUCGGUGACCUGGGGACACUAGACGUUGAUGAGAAAGGUGAUGCAUUUUAUUCUGGCGUUAAGGAGAAGCUGAGAAUUGCAGAGCUCAUAGGGAGGGCCAUUGCGGUGUAUGAAACUGAAGAUAAAAGAGAUCCAGGACUUAAAGCAGCAGUGAUAGCUAGAAGUGCUGGAGUUGGUGAGAAUUACAAGAAACUUUGCACCUGCGAUGGGACAACUAUUUGGGAAGCAAGCAGUAAAAUUUGAGAGCUUGAUUAUAACCUCACCUGCUGUAUUUGUAAGUGUACAAGUUUUUAAACUAUGUACACUACACUUGUUUAUUACAUUUUACAGAAUUAAAUUACUAUGAUGUUUAAAAAUAAAAAGGUUUUGCUGAUAAAAUCAUUUUGUUUAUUAGCCA